GGUUGGUGUUAUCGACUUACGAUGUGCUAAUGGUCACAAAGCCUCAAGGUUAUGUGCCCACACUAGCUAAAUACAUUCAGGUGACUUUCCCUCUUGCGGCUGCAGGGGCAACAUUUGCAGCAGUGACAUGUGUAUCAACAAAUCUGCGAAACAAAGAUGACGGCUUAAAUUAUUUCCUUGGAGGAAAUGCUGCAGGGAGUGUAAUAGGAGCUGCCAAACGUUCAUUCAGAGUGGGUAUACCACUAGGAUUUGCCCUUGGUUGUAUUGCUGUUCUCUACAAGGAUGGAAAGGACCAUGGAUAUCAAUUGAUCCCAAAAUUUGAACACAAGAUGGGUGGCAUGGACUACAGGAAGUAUGACUUUACCUUCACUAAAGACAAGUAACUCUAUGGCUGCUGCAAUGUAAUUGCAAAAAUUAAUAGUCUUUGGUUAAAUUUAGAUAAAGCAGCAGUACAGUAUUUAACUCUUGGAUAAAAGAAUUGUGCUUUAGUGUAUUUGUUUAGCUGGAACUCUUGAUUCUGGUUGAUAUAAUAAAUUCUUCACCAGGUGACUGAAAAUGUAUGUGAAAUGUAUAAUUCAUUAUUGUAAAUAAAUAUUUAUACACUA